UUCUUAAUUGUCAAAAUAUAUGAUGACAAUGAUAAUGGAAGGAGAUGAAAAUGGGUCAUCCCAAAAAGGAGCAUUGAAUAAUAAUUCAUCAUCAUCAUCAUCAUCAUCAACAACGAUAAAUUCACAGUCACAACAACAACAAUCUAUGAUUUUCUCAACAACAGAUCAGCAUAAUAAUAAUACUAAUAAUUCAUCAAUUCAACUGUCUACGAAUUCUAUGAACAACGAUAUUCAAUGGGCAUUUUCACAAAUCAAAGGUCCACUUGAUGAAGAAAUUGCCGAAGCUGAUAUAAUAUCAUGUGUCGAAUUCAGUCAUGAUGGUGAAUUAUUAGCAACUGGAGAUAAAGGUGGACGUGUAGUCAUAUUUCAACGUGAUCCAUUUGUUGAAAAUAAUAAACGUUCCGUAUUAUAUAAUUUUUAUACAACAUUUCAAAGUCAUGAAGCUGAAUUCGAUUAUUUAAAAAGUUUAGAAAUUGAAGAAAAAAUCAAUAAAAUCCGAUGGCUUAAAAGAAAAAAUGCUUCUAAUUUUUUGCUAAGCACUAAUGAUAAAACAAUAAAAUUAUGGAAAAUUUCCGAACGAGAUAAACGUAUUGAUGGUUUCAAUUUGAAAGAUGAUAAUGGCCAGAUGAGAGUCGUUGAUCCUGAUUCUGUGACUUCGUUACGAGUGCCAAAAGUAGUACAAAGCAAAUUAAUGAUUGAGCCAACACCAAGACGAAUAUUUGCUAACGCUCAUACAUACUUGAUAAAUUCAAUAUCUGUCAAUAGUGAUCAAGAAACUUAUCUUUCUGCGGAUGAUCUUCGUAUUAAUCUUUGGAAUAUUGAAAUCAAUGAUGAAAGUUUCAAUAUUGUUGAUAUCAAACCAGUUAAUAUGGAAGAACUGACCGAAGUCAUCACUGCGGCUGAAUUCCAUCCACAUCAUUGUAACUAUUUUGUUUAUUCAAGCAGCAAAGGAAUACUGCGUCUUUGUGAUAUGCGUGCAGCUGCACUUUGUGAUCGUCAUGCAAAAAUUUUUGAAGAACCUGAAGAUACAAGUUUCUUUUCCGAGAUAAUAUCCAGCAUUUCAGGAAUCAAAUUUAGCAACAAUGGCAGAUAUUUGAUCUCACGUGAUUAUAUGUCAAUCAAAGUUUGGGAUAUUAAUAUGGAAUCCAAACCAGUCGAAACGUAUCAUGUUCAUGAUUAUCUUCGUUCAAAAUUAUGCAGCCUGUUCGAAAGCGAUUAUAUAUUUGACAAAUUUGAAUGCUCAAUAGAUAAUUCUGAUACUCAUAUCAUGACAGGAUCCUAUAACAACUUUUUCAAAGUAUUCAAUCGGAAAACUAAACGAGAAGUCAUGUAUGAAGCAGCAAAAGAUUGUACAACAAUGAAUAGCAUUUUAAAACAAAGAAAAGUGAAUUCUGGUGGUAAAAAGAAAAAAGAUGAGAUUCAUGUCGACAGUUUGGAUUUUACUAGUAAAAUAUUACAUACAGCAUUUCAUCCAAACGAAAAUAUCAUUGCUGUUGCUGCCACUAACAAUCUUUAUCUUUUCCGUGAAUCAUUUGAUAAAGAAUGAAUCUAUUAUUUAGAAAUCAUUUCCUAUUCGAUCAAUACAACCUUAAUUAUCAUAAUCACUUUUACAACGAAUAUAUGUACACGGUUUUAAACAUGAAAUCACACUCCCUUCGUGAAUUA